AUGAAGCUUUUAAUUACGGAAUUCCUUGUCUUCUUGGUCAUACUCUACCUUUCGUUUGUAUAUGGUAUUUUAUACUUGCUUUUGGAAGCGUAUCCACCUAUAUCUUUUCCGAAAAAGAUCAUUUCUCUAUCCGGAAGGUCCGACCGUCCCUCACUUAAUUAUAGGAGCCUUCAUCUUCCCUGCGGUUGUGUUUGCAGAAUUUCCUAUUUUGCUAUUCGAGUGUUUCAUAAUUUGGGUGUCGACUGGACUGGAUCUGCUUUAGUUUUCAUCGAUAUCACGUUGAUUCCCGUCCCAUCGUUUUCUAUUUUUUGGUAGAAAAAUUCGUUCUUGGAGUAAAAUGA